AUGUAUCCUGCUGUGCCGCCACGUCGCAGCCAACUUGAGCUAGCGCCGAAGCAGAUUCGAUGUGACCGUGUCAAGCCUACAUGCGAUGGCUGUCAAGUUAGAGGCCUUCCAUGCACCUAUCCGGAGCGAAGGAAUAGGAAGAAGGCUAAUCCCCGAAAGGGCCAACCAAAAGAACCUCAUCUCAGUGAUGAUGUCUUCUCUGGUCUUCUGGAGAGGCUACUACGGGUCGAGGAGAAAUGCACGCACCUUGUUACGGAUCCGUCGACGGCAUAUACCCCGCUCAGCAUUAAUAGCCCGGGUAGCAUUCAAGGCUCUUCUUCCCAAAUACCCGGGCAAACACCUGAAGCACAUUCCGUGGUCUCGUCGGUUGCAUCCGGAACUUUCUUCGAUAAUGAUGCAGAAAAGACACAAGGCAAUGAUUUACCCAGUUACCCAGGCACGCCCUUAAUCGCCGACGUGCGCCUACAGCAAGCCUUUGAGCAGGUCUUAUAUCUGAAGCGGCAGAACUUGUUCAAGCAGACCGUACGUAACGACCAUCACAUAAGACCAGAGAUUGCUAAAGCUUGUAUUAAGAACUUUUGUACACAUUUCCAGAUCGAUACAUUCCCGAGCUUCAUCAACAUCAAGCUGAUGCAUUUCAUCCCUGACAUCAUCGAUAUGCCUGAGGUUGCACUUGAUCCAGCGGUGCUGGUACUCUACUAUACUUGGAUGGAGCGCAGUGUGGGGACCAAGACGGACCUUGUCUCUGCCAUCCUUCUCAUGAAAGCUUCUUUUCAGCAAUGCGACUUUGAAUUCAGCUGGAAUAUGUACAGAAUCGUAUGUCAGUGCGUAAAGAAGCUGAACCUCCACAACCUUGAUCAGGACUUUCCCAGCACCUCUAUUCGGCAGUCACUAGAUCAGGGAACAGACUAUGACAGGCAAGGUCUCUGGGCGUUGGUGCUCGUGGAUCUGUUCUUCCGUAUGCUGCAUGACAAGCCUCCCAUCAUGACGGCCAACUUGACCGAGUGGCAUGUCAAUCUUCCGGCAAUCAACAUCGUCCCUGAACAACCAGAAUACAUGAUUUCAAUAUCGACUUUCUUUGUCAAGUCGCGGCUGACUUUCCUUCUCCUUCGCUUCUUUGACUUGCUUGCUCAGAGCUCGGACGACAGGGACUACAUCCAACAGAUCGAAGGGCUCUGUGCUAAGAUAGAAGACUUGAUCGGAGAAUGGUCUAUAAGAGAUUUAAUAGAUGCCAACGAAGAAAACGCUUCAAACUGGUGGACGCUCUACGACCUCGCGCUCACGGCAAGCUGCUCCAUGAUGGUCAUGAGUCGUAAGAUGGAGGCUCUCCAUUCUGAAGCAUCCGGCAUACCUUUACCCUGUCAUGACAAACCUGUUUCUGAUUUAUCAGUCAACAUCGCUCGUAACGUUCUAAAACUCGCUCUCCUGGGCUUAGAAAAGUAUAUAAGCCCCCUUGCCGCGGCAUAUUUAUUUGGCGCAUUCCGCUGUCAUGUGCCGUAUGGCUGCUUGGUUAGUCACCUAUUUCUUAGCGACCCUGAAGAACAGGGCUCUACCUCGUUGAACGACAUGGCGUUACUAGAGAAAGUUGCCCAGAGAAUGGGUGCCAUAGCAGAAACAGAUGGGGAUCUUUUACCAUUGGCCCGUACACUGCAUAAGCUAAACAUUAGUAUCCAUGCGAGAUGGAAAGAGAAGAUGGAGCAGUAA